ACUCUAUAGUCUAUGAUUCGGCGUUUGGUUGACGCCUUUUCAUUUCCUGACAUUCUUGUCUGUGACUGCCUUGCUGUCUUUUGAAGAAAUGAAAAUUGCGUUUUAUAACUAGGCAAAAAUAAUUUUCUUGUUAUCAUUUAAAGUGAAAAACCUAAGAAGAUGAACCGUCAAGUGGAUGUAAAAGCGCUAGUGUCCCACAUAGUGAGAGGCGAUGGCUUGGACAAAUGUCGAAUUUGUAUGGGAGACACCACCGAAGGCCAGGUUUAUCUCGGCGACACGGUCAUGAUGGAUGGAGAACGACCGGUCUCGCUUGCUGAACUACUGGAAAUAAUCACAGGCAUCGAGGUUCCGCUGGAGGAGGACUUUCCUGCCGGCCUGUGCACCGAAUGUGCUCAGAGAGCCAUGGAUGCUGCCAGCUUCCGAACGCUGUGCAGGCAAGCCGCUAGCCAAUGGGACUCCACUCUACAGCUCCUCACUAACUACUUACCGACCAAGUAUAAAGAUAAAACCAUGUACAUCAUUAUGAAGAAUGAUGAAAUCUCUAUAGCUAACAAUCCAAGAGGUAAACCAGAUAAACAUGAGAAAAUUACUUCACAAAUAGAGCAAAAAGAGGUGCAGGUUAGAGAUGUAAAGCAUAAAUGUCAAUGUCCAGACUGUGGAAAGAAAUUCGCAUAUGCACAACAUCUCUAUUUACAUUUAAAGGAGUCUAUGGACUUUAAGCGUGCCUGCUAUGUUUGUGCUAAAAUCAUGACUAGAGAUGAAUUGAUUCUGCAUUUAAUAACUGCUCAUCAGCUGGGUACUUAUGAUUGUAAGAAGUGUCCAGCUUUGUUCAAGUCCCGUAAGUUUCUGAUUCGGCAUACGGAGCAGGCGCAUAGUCCUGGAGCUUGCACAUGCGGUGAUUGUGGACGUAGCUUUAAAUCUAGGCCAGCUUUCAACGCUCACCUAUCAGUCCACUCUGUCAAAACAUGUCCAGGUUGUGAUAAAAUAUUCAGAAACCAAACAUGCUACUUACAUCAUGUGAAGAAAUGCUGCGAUUUAGACAUUAGUAGGAAGACUCAUCAGACGAAGCAUAAAGUUACUAUAGAAGUUAAGAAUAAGACGAGCGAGAGGAGAACUAGAGUGGGCCUUCGAGGGGCAGCGGAUAAAGAAUGCAUUUGUGAUUAUUGCGGGAAGAAACUAGCAGGGAAGAAGUUUAUAACGGCACAUAUACAGAUAGUACAUCUUAAAAACACGCACAGACCUUGCCCUUAUUGUGGUAAAUUUCUUGCCUCUGCCCAUAUGGGUGAACACCUCAAGAAACAUGAGGUUGAAACUAUAUUCACCUGUGAACACUGUGGUAUAGUAUUAAAAACCAAGCUAGGUUACGUUCAGCAUAUUCGUCUCCAUACUGGCGAGAAGCCUUACGCUUGUAAAUAUUGCGGUGAAACUUUUUCAGCAUCUUCAAGAAGAUCAGAGCAUAUACGUAAAGCUCACAAAAUGCCUAUUACUGUACUGAAAUAUGCUUGUGAUUACUGCCCGGCGCGCUUCCAGCUCCCAUACAAACUUAGAAAUCAUGUGUCCACUGUUCACAAUAAGGAGGACAAAGCAGCAGUCCCAUUUUCUUGUAAGAUUUGUAUGGAAAAGUUCAGCAGUUGCAGAGGGCUGACACACCAUAGUAGGAAGCAUCAGAAGGAGGGUGCGGUUGAUUUUAAAGUCUAUAGCCAACCUAAAACUCUUAGCAAGCCUAGGAUACUAAAAGUGGAGACGUCGCCCCUCCUGCCCAACAGGAUCUGCGGAACCUGCGUCAACACUGUCACCCCCACCAUCUCCCUCAUUGAAUACCUCAGAGACUCGCACAGAAAAUGGACAGACGCCUCCAACUACCUACACCAGAUAGAGUUCAAGGAAAACGUUAAAACAGCUUACAUAGUUGUAGAUAAUGACGUCAAAGAUAUAACUACUUAUACAGAGAAUGUGAAGAGAGGUCAGCCGGAGGACAUUUUGAAGCAUCUCAAGAAACGAAAGCAGCAACAGAACGCUGUUAAGAGGAGAAAUGAAAUACACUCAAGAAAGUGUAAGAACUCACAAAGAAAAGGCGGCGUGUUCAUUUGUGAUAUCUGCGCUAAAGUGUACAGCUCAAAAUACGCCUUAAAAGUCCAUUUAGAGUAUAUCCACAUGAACAAAGAGCAUUCCCACCAAUGUGAACAUUGCGGGAAAGUCGCGGAGGACCCGGGCCUGCCUCCAGGCCUCUGCAGACAGUGCUCAGAGGACGCCAUAGCAGCCGCACACUUCCGCCAACUCUCCACCCAGUCCCAUCAGCACUGGACGCAAGCUGUCGACUCCCUCACCCAAAUACACGACCCGGAAGACGAUCACAGGACUUACUACGUCUUCUAUAACAACGGGGAGAUGCUAAUCCGAGAGGAACUCAGAAAAAUCUCCAAAGACGAGGUCGUGGUGAGACUUAACGAAAAACCGCCAAAGAAUAAGAGAUCGUACACGAGAUCCGCAGGGAAAUGCCAAUGUCCGGAUUGUGGGAAAGAUUUCCCUGUAGCCUAUAACUUGAAUGUACAUUUGAAAAAUACUAUGAAACGCGCUUGUGUCCGAUGCGGUUUGGUUAUGGAGAGGGAAAAACUGGCUGACCAUUUGGCUAAAGUACACGGAUGUUUAUAUGCUGAUUGUGAUAUCUGCUUCAAACUGUUUGACGAUGAAAAUCUACUUGAGCAGCAUUACGUGUCGCACCACAACAGAUUCUCCUUCGGUUGUCAGAUCUGCGGGCGAGGCUACACCAACGACCGAGCUCUAAGAGCUCACAUGUACGCGCAUACUUUAUUCCACUGCUUAUCCUGUAACCUAAGCUUCGAAAAUCGUCGCUGUUACAAACACCAUCAAAAGAAAUGCAAAUCUGCGCGAACACCAGUCGCAACCAGCUUUACUUGCGAUUAUUGCGGACACGUUUACAACAAAAAACCUUCGUUACGCAUUCAUAUAAUACAGAAACACCUAAACGUGCUACCUUAUGUAUGUGAAACGUGUGGCAAAAGAACUUCAACAUUAGCUCACUUGAGAUCACAUGAGGCUGUACAUACUACGGAAAGGAAGCUUUAUAAAUGUGCUUGCGGUGCUGAAAUGCGUACAGAGCUGGGAUACCUUUUACACCAGAGGAUACACACAGGUGAAAAGCCGUACGAGUGUGAAGAGUGCGGCGACCGAUUUUUAUCGGCUUCAAGACGCUUGGACCAUAUUAAAAGAAGGCAUAGAAGCACUAAAGACAUGCCGCACGGCUGCGACAUAUGCCAGGCUAGGUUCAUAACAGAGGAAUCCCUCUGCCCCAACGGCGUGUGCGCCGCCUGCACCGCCCACGCCAUCGCGGCGCAAGAGUUCCGCACGCUCGUCGCAGACUCCCUCAAGAUAUGGUCCUUCGCCGUCAAGCAACUCGAAAUCAUCCCCCUCAACCACACCCCCACCGUCAAAUCCCUCUGCGCCUUCAUCAGAUCAGACAAUCUGAACAUACAAAUAGCCAAAGACUACACCAUUAAUGAAAAAACAACUCCCCUAAACAGACUUAAAAGUAGAAUGAAUAGAAAGAAAAGUGAUGAAAGAAAACCAAGAGUGCACCGCGCAGGGCCGCCAUGUAAAUGCACAGAUUGUGGGAAGGAAUUCAUAAGUCCUUAUUAUUUGAACGUUCACUUUAAAAAUAGCGGUCAGAAAGACGCUUGCAUAUCCUGUGGGGCUAUUGUUCUUAGAGGCAAACAGAUGAGAGAUCAUUUAGUGAAUGUCCAUAGAGAAACAGCGUUUGUGUGCAAGGAAUGCCCUGCGAUAUUCAACAAUGAAAUUGAAGCUAAGAAACAUGAGAAGAAGGCGCAUAAAACUGGCUUCACGUGUGGUGAUUGUGGACGCACGUUCCCAAGGAAUGCGUCUUUCGAAACUCACGCGCAAAUGCACGCUGUACGCACUUGUAGGACGUGCGGUGUACAGUUCACCAAUAGAGCGUGCUAUAGAGAACAUAGAUCCAAAUGUGAACCAGAUGCGAAACCUGACAGAGACACCGUACCGAGAAACAGGCGCUCGAACAUUCGCGACCCAGCUCAAUUCACCUGCGACUAUUGCAAGAAAACUUACACGUCCCGUCCACAAUUGAAGAACCAUAUACUAUGGAUACAUAUGGAUGUGCGUCCACACCAGUGUCAAUGGUGUGGAAAACGUUUUUAUACACCAGCAAGGUUAGCUGAGCAUAGUGUUGUACACACUAGGGAGCGGAACUUCGCCUGUGACAUCUGCGGAGCGAAAUUAGUUUCCAAAAUGGCCGCUGUGUACCAUAGACGCCGUCAUACUGGUGAAAAACCUUAUCGCUGCGAAGACUGCGGCGAUUGCUUCAUAUCUGCCUCAAGGCGUUCGGAACACGCUAAAAGGAAGCACGGGAAAGGUCCAAGACUACAUUGUACUAAAUGUCCGUCAACUUUCGUACGGAUUCACGAGUUACGGAGGCAUAUUGAGAAAGCACAUAGCCACGUCGUUCCUGUAUAUGCGUUUCCGAAAACAGAAGUUUCAGAGAGCUAAUAGAAUAGUAUCGUGACUUGGUUUAAUGCUGUGAUAUUUAAAAAGUUUUCACAAACUCGUGCCUAUAAACGUAAUGACUUUAGUGGUUUCAAGUUUAUAUUUAAUUAACAAUGGAGCCGCCAUUAACAGGCGUUCCCCUCUGUCGAAAAUAGGCGGCCAAUGGUCAAC